AUGGAGAUGUUUCCCUUGAUUGUUCUAACUGUCAACAUAACCCGUCUUACAAAUGAGAUGCGAAUGGUAACUUCUGUAGUUAAUAAGCUCAUAAAUCGCUGUAUUGAUUCCGAAGAAUUAUUGACAGAGAUGAAACGAUUUUCUAUGACACUACUUACAAGAAAUGACCAAUUUACGGCUUAUAAUUUCUUUGCUAUAGAUUGUACACUAUUGCAUUCAAUCAUCAGUACUACUGCUACAUACUUGAUAAUUCUGUUUCAAUUUCAAGACAACUCUAACGAAGAUGACAAUACCGAUCGACAGAAUCCGACCACGAAAACUGAUGAAUAGAUUCUUUUACUAAAGAACUGUAUACUAAUUUUUUUAAAAAAUUAGAAAAAC